AUGGAGUACGAAGAUCCUAUUAUCUCGCACUUCAAGGGCCAGAAAGAGGUCAGCGCAGAAACGCUGGCCCAGCUCAUUGAUGAGCAGAAGCACGAGCAGGCCGCGCACAAGACGCGCGCCUCGCCGAAAAAGGUACACCUGCAAAGCGCGAACCUUCGAAAGUGCGAGAAGGCGCUCUCCAUCUUUACCGACGUGAUAAAACUCAAAUUCCUCAUCCAGAAGUCGUGGGACCUGCAGGCGUUGGGCAAGAGCGUUCUGGUGCGCUUCGACAUUCAGACCGGUGCGCUAAGCAGCCAGGAGGCCAAGCUGGACCACGCGGAGACCUUCUACCGCGAAUUGGCGCUAAAGACGAUCACUCGGUGCGGCAAGCUGUCCAAAGCCACGGAGCAGCUCUCACUCGACCUAGAAGACAUAGGCGAGCAUAUCCGCUCCAAAUCAGACGAGAACCCUGCCGCCUGCGUCGAGAACUCUGCGUGUCUGCUCCUAGAGAUGUGGUUUCUCUGUGGCAGGGUCAUGCGUGGACUGAAACGGAACGUGGCCGCGCUAUUCAUCAAGUCCAAGCUGCUUCUCAUAGAUUGCGAGCUGGAGCUCAUGAACUCGACAGCGCAGGGCGGUUACGGUAACCUACAAGAAACUAUAGUAUCUUACAGAUCUUUCAUCAAGGUGCUCUUACAACAGCUCCAGGACGCGGAGUCAGGCAACGAUCAGACGCUCUUCGAAGAGUGUCUCCAGGUCUUCCUCGACGUUGAAUCUAUGUACGGCGCCAUGAACCUCAACUGGCUGCUGCUGGAAACAGAUCAGCAAGAAUCAGACAUGCCAUCAACGACGGAAAGCAGGUCGGCUAUUUUCGAAGAGGCCGCAGAGCUACGAGAUAUUGCACAGUUUGUUGACAAUGCCGUUAACGAGGAAAAGGAAAGCGGCAGUGACGAAUUCAGCAGCUUUACUACCGAAAAACUGGAACCAACACACGACAGACGGAUGUCGGAGACCUCCAGCUCCUCUAGAAUAUCCUUGAUGAUGGAACGAACGUCGUUGACAAAGGAACUGCCUCAUCUACUACAGGCGUUCAACAAUGCCAAGAGGUUGGAACAAGAGCUAGAGAACGUGCGAGCGGCGAAAACCGAGGAGCUCGAAACAUCCAUGUUCGGUUCCCCCCCUCCCUCACUUUCUUCCUCCAUGUUUUCUCCCUCCUCCAGCCUAUUUCUAGCUUCGUCGCCGAGAUAUGGGAAUGAUAUGACUGCCACAACGUACUCAACCAGUAGCAGCAUGGCCUUCGAUGAUGAAGAAAAAAGUACUGAGAAUGCACCAGAGAAGUGCACACCUAUCGCACACCCGCGUCUAGUAUCGUCAGAGCUGAGCUCGCAUCUGAUAGGAAGUGAUUUUUUGAGGCUUUCCAGCCUGCAACAGCAACCUUCCUCCCUUCGCCAACCGAGGAGUGUCCAGGGCUUUGGCAGCAGUGUACUCAAUAAUCUAUAUGGGCUGGGGAACAGGAAGUAG